AUCGAUUUAGGGCUCAAGGUUUUGAAAGUGUUCCCAUAUCCAAUAACUAUAACCACCGUUCAGUUUGCCGUUGGGACUAUACUUGUUCUGUUCAUGUGGACAUCUAAUCUCUACAGACGGCCAAAAAUUAGUGGUGCACAGCUUGUAGCAAUUCUCCCAUUGGCAGUGGUGCACACCUCAGGCAACCUUUUCACAAACAUGAGUCUUAGAAAAGUUGCUGUUUCAUUACACACAAUUAAAGCCAUGGAGCCCUUCUUCUCAGUUGUCCUCUCUGCUAUGUUUUUAGGGGAGAUACCCACCUUGUGGGUGGUUGCUUCUCUGUUACCAAUUGUUGGUGGAGUGGGACUGGCGUCAAUGACAGAGGCAUCUUUUAAUUGGCCCGGGUUUUGGAGUGCAAUGGCUUCUAAUUUGACCAACCAAUCUCGUAAUGUCCUUAGCAAAAAGUUUAUGGUCAAGAAAGAGGAAUCUUUGGAUAACAUUACUCUCUUCUCAAUUAUAACAAUUAUGUCCUUCUUCUUGUUGACUCCAUUUACUCUUUUCAUGGAAGGAGUCAAGGUCACCCCUGCAUACCUACAAUCUGCUGGGUUGAAUGUCAGACAGCUUUACAUUAGAUCUCUCCUUGCUGCACUCUGCUUCCAUGCAUAUCAACAG